AUGCCACUUGACCAGCUGUUGUUGUUACUGCUGCUUCAAGUUGUUCUUAUAGAUGCAGUGCAUCUCUGUCCUCUUCUUGGACCUAGCUGGCCUGCCCCCACAGGUCUCUCUAGCGACGCCGCCUUCCAGACAGCGCUGAAAAACAUCACUCAAACCAUCCAGAAUGCUAGCGAUGCGGGAGACUUCUCUGGAGCCUCCUUGUCAUUGGAAAUCUUCGACACCAGUGGUUCCGAUGGAUUGCUUACUUACGCUUAUACAGCCAAGGAAAUCAAUACAACUCUCGGCGUGAGCAAGGUCGACGAAAACACUAUUUUCCGCAUUGGUAGCACUUCUAAAUUGCUUACAAUGUUGCUGCUUCUGAUCCAGGGCGGUUUCAAUCGCCUGGGGGACCCAAUCUCAAGGUAUAUUCCAGAGAUUAAGGCGGCUGCUGAUGACGUUCUGCGGAAUUCCACGAAAAGAAACAAUGGAAUUGACUAUACCAACUGGAAUGAUAUCACAGUUGGAGAGCUUGCGAGUCAUUUGGCGGGUAUCGCUAGAGACUAUGGUUUUUUCGAUCUCACCGAGCAGGCCCCGUUCCUUCAGUCAUUGGGAUUUCCCACGCUGCCUUCCAAUCAGAUUCCACCCUGUGGCGUUCCAAAUCCUUGCAGCAGAAAGCAGUUUUUUGAUGGGCUGCUCCAAUCUCAUCCUGUUGUUUCUCCAUCAUCUACCCCAAUCUACUCCAAUGCAGCUUUCCAGAUCCUUGGAUACGUUGUUGAGGCCCUUGCGGGCGGCCAAGACUUUGAAAAGGUUCUCGAAGACAAUAUUAUCAAACCGCUGAAUAUGGCGCACACCUUCUAUACUACGCCCAAUUCAUCUCUUGGUGUGAUUCCUAGCUACCAGGGCGAAUACUGGUGGAAUUUCGAUAUUGGCGAAGAGGCACCUGCUGGUGGUAUUUUUUCAUCCGCAAAGGACAUGUCUACUUUUGGUCGCACAAUUCUCAACAGCACGCUUCUUCCUCAAUCAACCACAAGGCGGUGGUUGAAACCACUCACUCAUACAUCAUCUCUUGACUAUGCCGUUGGCGCACCUUGGGAAAUUCUAUCAUUUGGUAAUGAACGUCCCAUUGAUCUCUAUACCAAGUCAGGGGACAUUGGCACAUACUCCUGUGUGCUUUCAUUAGAUCCCGACCAUAACGUGGGCUUUGUUCUUCUAGGCGCCGGAAACAACACCCACGUCUCUCUAGCUCUCGCUUCUGAUCUCGUCUCCGAGAAUCUGCUAUCUGCACUUGAAAAGGCCGCAAAGAACCAGGCACACGCCCGUUUUGCAGGGACAUAUGCCUUGAGUAAAGGGAAUUCCUCUAUAACCAUCACCACAGACAACGGACCCGCUCUGGUCGUCACGAGAUGGGUUAACAAUGGAAUAAACAUGUUCCCCAGCUAUAUGGCCUUAACUGGAAUUACUGAUCCCUCCAUGCUUAGUAUUCGUCUGUAUCCUACUGGUCUUGAAAGUCCUGGACAGCUUUCUUUCCGGGCUGUGAUACCGCCUCCAUUUCCGUCUGGUAUUGGGCCAUUUAGCUCAUCCUGUAUCACCUGGGUUACCGUGGACUCACAGGUUUACGGCAAUGUGGGGAUUGACGAGUUCGUGUUCAAAUUAGAUAAAAAACGCAACGCAGUCAGUAUAUCUCCAAGGGUGCUGCGUACUGUUCUAUCGAAGAUCCAUUAG